UGUACUGGUACGCACCUUGGUACUGUAAAGAUUAACAAGACUAAAAAAAUUAAUAGUUAAAUGCCUUUACUCCUUUUUACGAUCGUUAGUGCGUACUUAUUUCGAUUAAUCAAUAAUCAACAACCUGCGAAGGGUAGUUUUUAUUGGAAAUUAAUCAUUUUUAUGAAUCCGGAUCUUAACUAACAGCAGAAUAUUCGGAAGUCAGCAUGGUGUCCCCGAAUCCUUCGUCGCCCGGUCCUGAUCAACCAAGACCAGUUUCGGGAAUUGUCAGCUGCAUCAAGAAAACUUUCGCCAGCGCAGAUAUGAGUGAUGUUGAGUUCGCUGUUGGUCGGCAAUUUGGAUCCGUAAAAAUCUUUCCAGCCCACAGGUAUAUUUUCAGUGUGCGAAGCACGGUGUUCUACACCAUGUUCUAUGGCAGUUUGCCUGAGAAAUGUGAUGAGCCGAUCGACAUUCCCGACUUCAUUCCCGCCGCAUUCGGCAACAUGUUGAGGUGAAGGCGGACAAUCAGUGGAUGUACGGUGGAAUCUUCGUACGUACUCCUCUCCACACGUCACCCCCACAAACGGUUUUUUGCUCCCGCAAACAUAAACAAAUCCAUCCAGUCCAUCCCGCUGGAUUGUGUAGCGCUCCAUCGUCCAUCCUGAUCCUCUCUCCCAUCCUGCACAAUCCGCGCAUGUCCAUCCGAUGCCCCAAUGACUGUACGCCUGAUCCGGUUAGUGUUAGUAUAGGAUCCUCAGCGUCGAUGGCAUCCGGAAGUCCAUGGGAUUGGCGAGUG